UUUUGUUUUUGGAUUACCUCCCUUACACUGCUUUUAAAUUGUCCAUUAACCAGGAAACCCUUGUUUUUUCCCCUUUUUUGCCCCUAAUUCCUAAAGGGUUUGAGCCAUAAUCCCCCAAAGCCAAUCAUAACCAUCCCUUUGUGGUAUGUAAACUUGUGGUAUAAUUUCAGAGAGAUUCAUACACUUAAACACAAGUUAUUGUCUGGAAGUUACAAAAAUGCUUAUUUUUGGCCCCUUUUUAGCCACUUUUCCUUAACUGUUGGUACCAUAACCCCCAAAAUCAAUCCCAACCUUCCUUUUGUGGUAUUUAACCUUAUGGUAAAAUUUUAUAGAGAUCCAUUCACUUAAACUAAAGUUAUUGUGCGAAAAAACCAAUGUGUCUUCGGACGACGACAUCAACGUCAUACCAAUAUACGACCACAAUUUUUGCGGUCGUAUAAAAAGGAAAAUUCAAAUAGCAAGUUCUUUACAAAAAGGACAAAUUCCAGUAGGAUGUGAGCUGUGCAAAGGUCAAAAUAAGAUCCAAUUCAAAUGCAUUGAUUGUGAACUCUUAAUGUGCUGUGAUUUUAUAAAUAGUGAAGUAGAAAAGGAAGUAUGAAGUCAGACGGUGAUGAGAGGCAAACAGACAAGGAAGUAUCAAAGUCAGACAUCUUAAAAUUUUUUAAUGGCCUUUGCAAGUUCUUUACAAAAAGGACAAAUUCCAGUAGGAUGUGAGAUAUGCAAAGGUCAAAAUAAGAUUGAAUUCAAAUGCAUUGAUUGUGAACUCUUAAUGUGCUGUGAAUGUAUGGACAGAGUUCACUUAAAGACUGCUAAAGAUCAUCAGAUAACAGAUAUAAAGAAUAUAGGAAAACAUGUCACUUUCAGUGAAAUUAAGUGUGAAAACCAUACAGGACAGGCAUGCUGCCUUUUCUGUCAAACCUGCAAAACAUUUAUCUGUGUAAAGUGUGUAGCCAAAGUUCAUAAUGGACAUGAGUUAAUAGAAGAAGAAGACUACAAUAAAGGCAAAGUAGAAAUGAAGCCAAAACAACAAAGUAAGAUUAAGUUUGAAAUAUUCAAAGAAUAUACAACAGAUCUUACUCAUAUUCACCAUUUAGCAGUAUGUUUUGAUGGUUCUAUGUGGAUGGGGGAUAGUGUCAGAUCAAAGUUACAACAUGUCAAACUUAGAGAUAAUAGAACUGAAGUAAUAACAAGUUUAAAUACUAAAAUAUAUGGAAUAGCAAAAACUCAUUCAAAUAACAUUCUUGUUACAACAGAUGAGACUAAACUAAAACUAAUCAACACCAUGACAGGACAGAUAACCGAUUCCAGGUAUGAUGGAACACCAUUGGAUCCAACCUGUAUCCAUGUGACCAGUGAUCACAAAGUCAUCAUAGGAGCCUAUUCUGGAGGAAAGCCAUACUCUGCCACAGGAAGACGUGUAGUGGUGGUAAUGAAUCAGGAAGGAAAACAGCUAAAAGAAUAUGAACAUGACAAACAUAACAAACGUUCAUUUAGUUUGCCUGCACAUAUAACCAGUACCAGUAAUGGUAACAUCUGUGUGGUGGAUCAUUCAAAUAACAAUGGCAUCGGUAGAGUGGUAGUGAUAUCACCAGGAGGAGACAUACUAGGGACUUACACUGGUCACCCUGAUGUCAACACAGGGGAGAAACCCUUUAAACCUAUAGAAAUAAUAACAACACCGUCAGAUAAUAUUGUUGUUACAGAUGUGAGCAAUCAUUUAUUGCAUAUACUGACUGACCAAGGACAAAAUAUUACCUACUACAAUCUCCGUGACAUGGGAAUCUUAGGUCCAUACUCCCUUGCUCUGUCUACAACAGGAACUAUCUAUAUAGGAUGUGUAAAUAAAGCAGGAAGUCCAGACACUACAAAGGCUAAACUUUAUGAGUUGGAAUAUUCUGGAAUCUAGUGAAACUAAGGAAACAAUAACCAGAAUAAUAAAGAAAUUAUUUGUUAACAGUUUCACUAGCUAAGUCAUAAACUUCUGAUUUUUAAUCAUAAAUUCAACUUUUCCUAAGAUAAUAGACUUUCAUUGCAGGAUUGGUUUUUUGUUUUAACAUUAAAUUUGAUUUAUUUUCA